UAACAGUUUAUAGUUGUGGAAUCGAACGGUCGUGUUAGCGGAAGAAAUCUAAAUUGAAAUAUUCAAAGCGUCAGUCCAGUGCUCGUAAAGCUUUUGUCACAAUAAAUUUCGUGUAAACGUGUUAACUUAUAAAUUAAACACAAUUCGGUAAAUUUUGUUUAGACGCGUCUCUGCGUUUCAUAUCAAUUGGUGUGCGUGCUCUCAAUUCGUUCUUCCUUACCGCUAUUUGACACAGUGUGGGUGUGUGCCUGUAUGUGUGUAUGUUUGGUGGGUGCAUUUGUUUAUUCCAACCGCCAAAUACUUCUAGUGAACUUGCGUUGUUGGGCGGUGCUGUCAUUGGCCACCCUCCCCCUGCUCGCUUCAUACGUUCCGUACAGAAAAAUCGAAACUCCCGCACAUUGGGUGGAUGAGUUUGUAGUAACAAAACAUCAGCCACAAAAAGAGCAAAAACAAAAAGAAGCGCACACACAAAAGGAAUACGAACAUUAAAGCGUAAACUGCAAAAGGGAAUAAAAAUCCGCAGAGGCACAGAGAGAACGAGAGAGAAAAUAAAUAAUUAUUAAAUACCAACGCGUGACACGAAUGUUUCGUGAAAUUAUUGAAAGUAGACCUUAUAUCUUUUUUGUACUUUUUACAUAACAGAAUCGCGAAACACAAACCUGACAAUAAACGUUGUGCAAUUUGUAUACAAUCACCUACAACAACAACAACAAAAAAGUACUUAAACAAUCAUUGAACAAUCUCUGCAGAGCUUUAAAGUACCGCUACUUAAAAUUCAUAUGCCCCAUUCAUGCGUUUUCUACCCACUGUGCGAAUCGUAAACAAACGAAAAUAAAAUAAAAUAAAAAACAUAUAUACAAGUGCUUUACACUUUUGUUUAAAUAAAGACUGGUUCCAAAUAACAACUUUAAAGUUCUGUCGUUUGACCUACAAUGUAAACUGUUAUAACCUUACGGUAAAAUACGAACAAAUAAGAUAUCAAUUGAAACAAAAUGGUUAUUAUUUAGCUAAAGAUUAACUGGCGGAUUUGGGAAGCACAUCAGAACAAGUUACUUAACUUUCAUUGGAUCAGCAGCAGUGAACGCACAGAGACUGUGACAUAAGAAGGCAGCAUCAGCUGCUAAUCGACUACAACAACAAUCAUAAAUCAUCAUCAACACGCAAUACGCAGCAGGAGCAGCAACAGCAACAGCAAUUGAGUUGCAAGCAACAACAUCCAACAACAAAAAAAAAGCAAAAACAAAACGCAAAGAAUUCGCAUUAAUCAUACGCCGCGUGUGCCGCGCAUUAGAACACGCCUUGUAAAAUUGCCAUCGAUAUGUUUGCCAAAAAGCCGCACAAUGCGCCGCGCACUUGACACGCGUUGAGUUACAGUUACAGCAAUUGCGUGCGUCAAUCAAUCAAUCAAAUUGGUCAAUUUCCCGAAAUCGUUCGUCCGUUCGUUCGUUUUUUUGUUCGUUUAAUUUCCCAUUCAGUUUUUUAUUUCGCCUAAGUUUCGCAUCGGAAUCAAAGUGCCGCAUGUGGGUGACCGGGCUAAUCACGUUAACUGGCAGCUACAACUGCAAUAACAACAACAACAGCAACAAUUUGACUAAGAACAACAACAACAACGCAACGAGCGAAAGCAACGUUAAGCGAUUUGCUCAAUUCUUUUCUUGCUGGUCUGUGAUAAAUACGUUAACGUUCUUAAUGAAUGACUUUCGGUUCAAGUCACUUUAUCGUGCCACCAAAUCGACAACCACAAACACUUCAACAUUAAAUAAAACAAUCUUAAAAACAACAACUAUUGAGGACUCUAUUAAAAAGCCUAAAAAGAGCAGACGCAGCAUCAAGACGAAGAAAUCUUCGACAACAUCAACAACAACAACAACAAGCAGCGCCUUUGAUAAUAGCAACAACAACAAUCCACGUACUUAUAACAACAGCAGCAAAUCGAAUAAAGUGUUCCUACAUUAUAUACCACGCGAUCCGCGUCUAAGAAUUUUCAAUAGAACCGCCACACUGAAUAAACACUUGUUGUUUUCCCAUCCACCACGACGCACUUUAAGUGAAUUGAAUAUAACUGAAGAUCUUUGCAAUUAUGGCGAAGUAAUUGGCGGCAGUGACAGUGACAGUGAUAAUAAUAACUAUAACUAUAACUACAAUAAUAAACAAUUGCAAUUUCAAGGCCAACUGUUCAAGUUCUAAACGAGGAGACCUCUUCAAGUUGUUCGUUCAUUUCGGAACAACUUUUCGUUUUUAAUCGCAGCUUUUUGCGCACCCAGCUUACAGCUAUUACAUUAUCAACGUGUCAGCCAGUUGAAAGUGUUGUUAUUAUUGGAGAUCGGAUUUUGAGCGAAACAAAAGCAAUCUAAGUCCACCUACCGCUGCAGCUACUUAAGAAGAACAAAUACAAUCUUUGCUGAAAAAAAAAAAACUGAAAACUGUGUUCACAAAACUAAUUGCAACAACAA